AUGGUACCUGUAUACGACCACGAAAGUGUGCGGCGAUGGCUGGAUGUUUGCGCCGCGAAGCACGAAGGAUGCCCUGGCAACGACUGGGUUAAGCUACCCACAACGUUGGUCGAGGUCUCGCCGCCGGGCUCUCCAGAAUCUGCAUGUCUCCGGUUUACCGAUGGCCAAGAGGGUCGGUAUGCGACGUUCAGCUAUUGUUGGGGCGGUCCUCAGCCCUUCGACACCGUCGCCGCCUCGCUCGCGGCUUACUCGAGAGAGCUGCCCUAUACACGCCUGCCAAAGACGAUACUCGAUGCCUUUCAGGUUACGAGGUGUCGGGGUCUCCGCUAUAUCUGGAUCGACUCCCUUUGCAUCGUCCAGGACGACCCGGACGACAAGCAGAGGGAACUGCCGAAGAUGUUUCGCAUCUAUGGGAACUCUUUCAUCACGAUCUCGCGGCCAGUUCUGGAAGCUGUAAUGACGGGUUUCUAG